AUGGUGAUCGGCAUCGUGAUGAUGGCUGCCAUGUUGCCGACCAUGAUUGGCCUGAAUGAGGCAACUCAGGGGAGUCGGGAUGCAGAGGAAGGCCGACGCAACGAAGCACGGAAACAACGUGGACACCUAGUGGCCACAUGUGCCCUUACACAGGGAACACCAAAGAUGCGCCAACAGGUUCACAAUGCCCAGGUCCAAGUGGGUCUGGAUGGGAAACUCUACAUCACUAAGCAUCCUAGCUCGACAAUGGUGUCAUUUAACGGCGGCUACUAUACACAUCCCGACUUUCCGCCGGACAACACAUCGGGCUUGGUGACAAUUAGCGGGGAAAAGGCACCAACUCUGCGCUGGGUCUUUCGAGACGCUAAGACGCACGAGAUGCGUUGGGGUGGUCGGCCCGACUCGGAAGGUCACAUAUGUGGGCCCUUUGACUGGACUAAAGAUGAGCAGUACUUGACUAUGGAGGGCUGGGAGGGUUGGUUGGCUGUGCGUCUUCCGGAGGAUGAGGCUAAGGAACAGAUCAAUGCUGAGUUGGGACUUACUGAUGCGCGCGAUAUUUGGCGGUUAUACUUUGACGGAAAUGACAAUGGGGCUGAUCUACCGCCAGGUGCCCAGGGACUCGAAAUUCGUCUCAAGCGAACUACGGCAGAGUCUUGA